AAAUUUCGUUUCAGUGUAGUUGCAGACGUAGAGCUUCGGCGACGAUACAAAAACCCUAAAAAAUGCCGGCUGGACAUGGUUUAAGAUCUCGCACGAGAGAUUCAUUCUCUCGUCCAUUCAGGAAGAAGGGUACAAUCGCUCUUGCUACUUACCUCAGAACCUAUCACAUCGGCGAUUAUGUUGAUAUUAGGGUUAACGGCGCCGUUCACAAAGGUAUGCCUCAUAAAUUCUACCAUGGUCGUACCGGUCGUGUCUGGAAUGUCACCAAACGUGCCAUUGGCGUUGAGGUGAACAAGCAGGUUAGGAACAAGAUUUUGAGAAAGAGGAUUCAUGUCCGUGUGGAGCACGUUAUGCCUUCUAGGUGCACUGAGGAGUUCCGUUUGAGGAAGAUUAAGAACGAUCAACUCAAGGCUGAGGCUAAGGCCAAGGGUGAGGUCAUAUCUACCAAGCGCAAGCCAGAAGGACCCAAACCUGGUUUCAUGGUUGAAGGAGCUACACUGGAAACAGUUACUCCCAUUCCAUAUGAUGUGGUUAACGAUCUCAAGGGAGGAUACUAGUCUUUUUAUUUUGUUAGUGUUUGUUAGACUGUCUGAUCUUGUUUUGAAUUUUAUCAUCUUUUUUGUCCUUCAAACAGCCUUAAAAUUGAUGCAAAAAUCAGACUUAAGUUUUGUGUUGUUUAUUUAUUUUGAAUACAUCCAUAUUAUCAAUUAUUCUCUGGAUUUUUCUAGAAUCUGAUUUAUGCAUAUUGCUUUGGGUUA